UUAAAAAACCAGCCCACCACCACCGCAAACACCGGUCCCUAUCUCUCUCUCUCUCUCUCUCCUCAUUCUAUCUCUCUACAACCCCGAAUAACACAGUCCAGAAGAACCUCCGAAAGAGUACUCGCUCACAUGCAAUGGACUGCUCCUCCCGACACCACCACCAGAUCUGACCCAACUCCCAGGCCAAGACCCACCCCGGGGAAAAUGGAUUCAGACCAGCGGCGGAAGCGAAAGCGCCUCGUCACCAGACCAAUCUACCGCUACUUUUUCUCCGUAAGACCCCUGCUCCUCUGCCUCGCAUUCGUUUCCUUCCUCUACUUCCUCUCCCACCGAAUCCCCGUGAAUCCGUCGGCGUUCAAGCCGAUUCUGGUGGUCUCUUCCCUCCCCUUGCUCUCCUCGUCCCAAAUCAGCUCGUUCCGGCACUACCGUGCCAGGAAGCUGCUGGCGAACUCGUUGAGGAUCGAGGAUCGAGUCCUGUUCCCCGAUCACGUGUUGUUGCUCGUGUCCAAUUUGAAGAAACGAGACGGAUUGGAAUGCGUUUAUUUUGAAAAUGGAAGCAAUUCUGAUGAGAGAUGGAAAUUAGGAGGGAAAUUAGGGACGAAUGUUUUGUCAGUAGACGAGUACGGUGGGUUCCAAUCGGUUGUGAGGUGUCCUAUCCCGCCUCUGAAUUAUUCCGCGGCGGUGGGUUUAGAGAGAGGAGGGAGAAAGGUUUCGGGGAGAAAUAAUGGAGUUGUUCAUUCGUGGGAGACGCUAGCGUACGCUGCGGAAUUGGAUGGGGCGACAGCGGUGGUGUUCGUGAAGGGGCUGAAUCACCGGCAGGAUAGGGAGUCGGACCCGGCCCAAUUCGGGUGCCACUGGGAGAGAGAAGGAAGGUAUGCGGGUCGUUCGAAAGCAGUCGCGGUUGCUCAGGAAGUGGUGAGGUGUUUGGUGCCGAAGAGGAUAGGGUUGAUGAGGCCGGGUAAGGCCGAGGCGAUUCGGGUGACGAUUGGAGUGAACCCUAGUUUGUUGCCUAGGAGCGUAGUAGGGUUGAACCCGGCUAAGGCCGAGGGGAUUCGGGUCAGGGUUGGGGUGAACCCUAGUUUGCGCGCUAGGGGUAGUAGUGACCAUGUUCUUGUUCCAUCUGUCGCGAAGGUUAUUGUUUCUAAUAAUGUGGCGGAUGAGGGAGAGAAGAGGAGGAGGGGGGAUUUUUCGAAGUACAAGCUUUGUGUAUGCACAAUGGUGUGGAACCAAGCUCCUUCGCUUCGCGAGUGGAUUAUGUACCAUGCUUGGCUUGGUGUCGAAAAGUGGUUCAUUUAUGACAACAAUAGCGACGACAAGAUAAAAGACGUGAUUGAACAGCUUGAACUUGAGGACUACAAUGUUAGUCGCCACGUUUGGCCUUGGAUCAAGACUCAAGAAGCGGGGUUCUCACACUGCGCUUUAAAAGCUAGAGAUGAAUGCAACUGGGUUGGAUUCAUGGAUGUAGAUGAGUUUUUCUACUUCCCAUUUCCCACCCAGAAGCAGAGAUCAAAGAAGUACCGUUUCCACGGUCAAAACUCCCUUCGAAAUUUAGUCAUGAAUAUUUCGUCAACCUCACCGAGAAUCGCGGAAAUCAGAACGGCGUGCCACAGUUUUGGGCCAUCCGGACUGAACUCACCUCCUUCAAAGGGCGUUACGGUUGGGUACACUUGUCGACUUCAAAGCCCUGAGAGACACAAAUCGAUUGUGCGUCCUGAUGCACUCGACAAAACCCUUCUAAAUGUAGUGCAUCACUUCCACUUGAGGAAAGGAUUUAGAUACCUGAAUUUGCCACAGGGCGCGGCUGUGAUUAACCACUACAAAUAUCAAGUUUGGGAGUCUUUCAGAGCCAAGUUUUUCAGAAGGGUUGCUACCUAUGUGGCUGAUUGGCAAGAGAAUCAAAACGAAGGGUCUAGGGAUAGAGCACCGGGGUUGGGGACAGAGGCGAUCGAACCGGCUAAUUGGCAUUUGCAGUUCUGUGAGGUUUGGGAUACGGGUAUGAGGGACUUUGUUUUUGCUAAUUUUGCGGAUUCUUCAACUGGGUUGUUGCCAUGGGAGAGGAAUCCGCUGCAAAAGAUGAUGUAAAAAUGUUACUCACACUGUCACACACGAUCAUUCUUUGUUUUCAUUUCUUCACUUUUUUGUAUGUGAUUCUUACUUUUGUAGGCAUGAGAAGUAGAAGAAUUGAUAGAUGAGCUACAGAGUUGAUGAGUAUAGAUUUGUAUUUCUUUUAGAAGAAGUUGACGAGAUUGUAUUUUUUUUUUCCCCUAGUGCUUAUAAAUUGAUUUGUUGACCCAUA